AUACCACCUCAAAAUAUCUCUCAAAGACAAUACCAGUGGGCACUGUGAUAUACGUCACUACCUACAUUGCGUCUCUAGUCAUUUCCACCACAAGCCGGGAAGAAGGCCAGAGAAGCGCAAGCGACAUUCCGGAGAAGAAAUUUCGUUCACGGAUUCGACCAAGCAUCUGGUACUAGGAAUUCUUCCUUCGGAGAUUCCGUCGUCCUCCGGCAUGAGAUUCCAGGAUCAAGUCGUCCUUGUUACGGGUUCUUCGAGGGGUGUUGGCCUGGCAAUAGCCAAAGCAUUUCGAGCAGAGGGUGCUAGCAUCAUAUUGAACUACUAUGAGUCGGACCCCAGCAUUGUCGCCAAUAUAGCGAAAGAACUGGACGCAUUUCAAUUCGCCGCCGAUAUCACGGAUGCAGAAGCGGUGAAAGCACUAUUCGCUCGUGCCGAGUCUCACUUUGGGAAGCCCAUUACCACGGUAGUAAACAAUGCUAUCGUAGGCGGCUUCAUUUUCAAUGGGGACGCCAGACCCAAAGUACCCGAGCUGUCCUGGUCCAAUUUCGAUUCUCAGCUGCAAGGGUUCCUUCGAGGUACCUUGAACACCACUCAGGCAGCACUUCCCGGAUUUGAGAAGCUCGGGUAUGGCCGGAUCAUCAACAUCGGGUCGAAUUUGUUCCAGAACCCGGUGGUACCUUAUCAUGAUUAUACCGCAGCCAAGGGCGCAUUGUUGGCUUUCACCAGGACAUGUGCGGCCGACCUCGGUCCCAAGGGCAUUACCGUGAAUAUGGUGUCGGGAGGCCUGCUAAACGUAACGGACGCCAGUGCAAGUACGCCGAAGGAGGUCUUCGACCAGAUCAGAGCCGUCACACCACUAAGGAAGGUCACGACACCAGACGACCUGGCAGGCGCCGUGUUGUUCUUUGCGAGCCCUUGGGCAAAUGGCGUCACCGGGCAGCAGCUCGUUGUCGAUGGGGGUCUGGUGAUGAACUGAAUGCUUUGU